AUGGUUGGUCACCUGCAGCCGUUAUCAUUGGUAAUCAACAUUGCUCAGGCCACACACUGUCAUCUCAACAAAGUUUUAAUCAUUUUCAGCUUUCUAAUAUCAAAAUAUAUUGUGCAACAAGGGAAGGCUUCAUCAGCUAUCAUUAAUUCUCUUGAAAAGCACUGGAGCAAAUGCAAUCAAGAUGUGUUUCUAGCUGCAGUUGUUUUGAACUCCUUUUACAAGAUCAAGCCCUUUGCUUGCCUUUGCAAAUUUACCAAUGCAGGACUCAUGACACUAUUUGUCAAGUUAUGGGGUUGA